AUGGCACCACGUGGACGAGGAGGAAAGUUCUCAAAGCCUACCAGAGGAGGUGGCAAGCAUUUCUCCCGCGACCUGCAACCGCUAGACAAAGAAGGCAACCAGAUGGGUAUGUGGCGCGAACCAGGAGAAAAGGCAGCGUCCUCGGAGGAGGAUGAGGACGAGGACGAAGAAUCCUCAGAAGAAGAAUCUUCAGAUGGUGACGGGGAGUCCUCUGCUGCGCCCAAAGAAGGCGGUCAAGAGUUGACUCGAGAACAACGCAAAGAAAUAGCCCGUAAGAAGAAGCUCCAGGCCAUCGCCAAGAAGAAUCAAAAGGUCGCGGCGCCAGGAGACCUGCCAAGCAGCUCCGAGGAGGAGGAAGAGGAAGAGGACGAUGACAUGCCGGCAAAUCCCAACCACACACAGAAGGCUCGGUCGAUGGCACGAGCAGCGACUGGGACAAGUGGCGAGGCACCGAAGAAGGGUGACGGCGAGAAUCUCAGUAGACGUGAACGAGAAGCCCUUGCCGCACAACAGGCCAAAGAGCGAUAUCAGAAAUUGCAUGCUGAGGGCAAGACCGACGAAGCACGGGCCGAUCUUGCACGGCUGAAGCUGAUCAGAGAGCAACGUGAACAGGCCGCCGCACGCAAGCAAGCUGAGAAAGAAGAGCGAGACGCACGGGAGAAGGAGAAGAAUGAUCGAGAAACCAAGUUGAGAGAGGCGGCCAUGGGUGGUGGCGGAGCCAAGGCUGCCAAAAAAGGCAAGAAAUGA